GCGGUACACUAUGCGGUAAACUAUGCGGUACACUAUGCGGUACACUAUGCGGUAAACUAUGCGGUACACUAUGCGGUAAACUAUGCGGUACACUAUGCGGUACACUGUGCGGUACACUAUGCGGUACACUGUGCGGUACACUAUGCGGUACACUAUGCGGUACACUGUGCGGUACACUAUGCGGUACACUGUGCGGUACACUAUACGGCACACUGUUCGGUACACUAUGCGGUACACUAUACGGUACACUGUGCGGUACACUAUGCGGUACACUAUGCGGUACACUGUGCGGUACACUAUGCGGUACACUGUGCGGUACACUAUGCGGUACACUAUGCGGUACACUGUGCGGUA